GUGACGUCAUGACGCCCUUUUUGGUUUUUGAUGGUGUGACUUUUGUUUCCGGAUGUUAGUUAGCAAGAAUGGCUGCGAUGUUUACGUGUUGUUUGAGCUGCUGCGGAGACGGAGGAACCGGGCAUAUCCCUCUCAAAGAGAUGCCCACUGUUCAGUUAGAUACUCACCACAUGGGCACAGAUGUUGUCAUUGUGAAGAGCGGCCGGAGAAUAUGUGGCACUGGAGGCUGUCUGGCCAACGCUCCUCUGCACCAGAACAAAAGUUAUUUUGAGUUUAAGAUCCAGUCCACUGGUGUGUGGGGAAUAGGUGUGGCUACACAGAAAGUGAAUCUUAGUCAAGUGCCUAUGGGCAGAGACACAAACAGCCUAGUCCUGAGGCAUGAUGGGUCUGUGUACCAUAAUAAUGAAGAGAAGAAUCGCCUACCCGCAAACAGCCUUCCUCAGGAGGGUGACAUUGUGGGCAUCACAUAUGACCAUGUGGAGCUGAAUUUAUAUCUGAAUGGAAAGAACAUGCAUUGUCCUGCCUCAGGGAUCCGAGGCACUGUAUACCCUGUUGUUUAUGUGGAUGACAGUGCCAUCUUAGACUGCCAGUUUAGUGACUUCUAUCACACGGCUCCACAAGGAUUUGAGAAGAUCCUCUUUGAACAACAAAUCUUCUAAAGGAGUACUUCAGCCUCGGCCCGUCUUCACGUUGUUGUCAACCUCCCCUCUAUCUCAUAUCGACCUCUGUGACACUACACUUUGACCUUGAUUGGUAUGUGGCUUGAAUGCCUAUUGUUUUGUUUCCCCUGAUUACUCUGUCUCUCUACUGAUGCUCUGGAUCGACGUUGGAGUAUCCUCGAAGGAGUGGGGAUUUCUGAUCACUGGUCGGCUAUGACUAUGCUGAUGGUUAACUGUCAAAUCAUUACCUUGUGUCAGUGGUAAUCACUCUGUAUUAACUGAAACACGUUUGAUCGCUGCUUACAUUCUCAAUCUGUGUGUAGAUGCCAGACAGUGGAUGUAAUGGUAAAAUGUUCCCAUUUUUCAGGAUCAGAAGCCAUGUUUAAUUGACAUUGCUGUAUACUUAUUUGGUUGAUUAUGUAAUCUCCUAAAUGCCACACUGACACCUCAGCAUACACCCUAUAUUUAUUUGUAUUUAUUUAAGUCACAGACCAAAGUGAUAUAUCUCUUUUGUUAUGACAAAACUUGUAUUAUUUGUUUUUGGCCAGCAAGAGUUUGUGAACUCAUGAAGGAUCAGUGUUCGAUACUGACAUAUCCCAUUCACUUUUAUGUUGCCUUCUUUAAUUAAAAAUACAAUUACAAGUGGGGACAUUGCAACACUUUGAAUUUGGCCCACUGUUUCAAUUUAACACUGACGUGGUUUAACAUACUCGCUCCAGUAAACCAGUGCACAUUCCAGGGGACAGCCAGGUUGACUUUUCACUGAGGUAUGCUGAGGUGACGGUGCUGGAAAAUGUUAAAGUUUCUUAAAUGGCUGACAUUAAUAUAUUUUAAGCUUGAUUUCUAAAUCACUUCUAUAAUCAGCCCUUUAGAUUCCCCCACACUUUUCUCUCCUGGUUGUAUUUAUUCUAAAUAUCUGAAUAUUACCAGAGCUGGUGCUGGCUGUCUCUGAUUAGAGAUAUGUGGUUCAAAAUGUCAAUCUGUUGUGUUGUAUUGACAUUGCAUAUCCGCUGCUGAAGUGUGAUAGUUAAAUAUUUUCAAAAUGCUUGUCUUUGUUUGCACUAAUGAUGUUAUCGUACAAGCAAAUCCAAAAAUUGUUCAUUCAUUAAACUUUUGUGUCUGGAGGCA